UCCCCGCCACACAGAUAGCGGCACAACGCGUUUCAUACUGUACUGCAAGGGACAUUCAAGCCACGGAGGUACAUGUAAGUAGAAGAGCGCCGGACGAAGUCACCCGACACGAAAAGCUUAACCUAGAGAUGGCACCAAAAUAUAAGUUAACUUACUUCCCCAUAAUGGGUCUGGCCGAGCCCAUACGUUUUCUUCUAUCCUAUGGCAAGACUGAAUUUGAAGAUGUACGAUGUGAGAUGGAGAAGUGGCCAUCAAUGAAAGAAUCAACGCCCUUUGGGCAGCUUCCAGUUCUUGAAAUCGACGGGAAGAAGACGUGGCAGUCUCACGCUAUAUGUCGUUACUUAGGCAAGCAAAUGGGCUUGGCUGGAGCUAAUGACUGGGAAGAUCUCCAGAUUGACAUGGCUGCUGAUACAAUAUCAGACAUAAGAAUGAAAAUGGUAAGUCCUGCACACGAGACUGACGAAACAUUAAAGCAAAAGAAGAAAGCAGCAGUCAUAAAUGAAAGUCUACCAUUUUUGUUGCCAAGACUAGAUCAAAUGGUGAAGGAAAAUGGAGGUUAUCUUGCAAAUGGCAAGCUUUCGUGGGCAGACCUCUAUUUUGUAGCACUGAUCGACUACCUCAAGGCCAUUAUUGGAUUUGACAUAACAAAAGAUUAUUCAAACCUUGCUGUGCUCAAAAAGACCGUACUUGAAAUACCAGCUAUUAAACAGUGGGUUGCGAAGAGACCAAAAACUGAAAAGUGAAUUUAGUAGCGUGUUAAAUACAUGUAAUGUUAGAAAUCUGAAUUGAUCUACAUUUAAAUAUUCAUUAUAUGUUGUUAGAACUGUGAUACACCUUUGUGACUGCAAAAAGAUGUAAAAAAAAUUCCUGUAAAAGAUCAUACAACAAUACCUUUCCAUUUACAAGACUCAAUCAGAACAGUAACAUUGGAGAUAGUUCAGCUACAUGUGUUUUAUUUGCUAAUGUGUGGAAUUGUUUUGGUGGAUUCGCAAAUUAAUUUCUUGCCAGACAUGCAAAACACUGAAGUAAUGUUGGUGAAAAUUUUGUAAUUAUGUUUCCUAUAUAUGUGUUUUCUCAUGUUUGCUGCACUAUGUGCUGUUGUGUUGACGCAUUUUAAAACAUGACACCCAGAAUAAUUUUAUGUAAAUUUAUUAGUCCUGGGAGAUCUGUCAAGUGCACGCACAAUUUAUGGUCAUAUCACAGAGACAUCGUGGUGUGGAGUACAAGUAUCUACUUGUUAAAAAUGUGCGUACGAGUGUACAUUAGUCAAAAAUACUUUCCAUUAAAUGUGAACUAGUCUCCUUCAUUUCAUCAGUGAGCAAGGAUCUUUUAAUUUUCAUGGAUAAAAGUACAUUACUGUGAGCAAAUAUUCUCUAGAAUUUAGCACUGA